AUUACGUCAUACGGAUAUUUUUUUGGUCAUUAAAUCUGUAGGUCCUACUGCUCAUGGCAUACCUUAAAUUAAAUGCAAGCUAUAGCAGUUUACAUCAGAUGACAAUGAAUUAGGGUUGCCAACUGUCUCGUAUUAGCCGGGAUGUCGUUUAUACUGGGCGAAAUUGGUUUGUCCUAUAUUCAUCCAAUCACAGUAUAGGGUAAACGCGGCAAUUCCUGCACAGUAAUGUCUGUUGUUGUUUGGUCGGUGUGGCAUAUCAAGGAAAUAUGGAUAAACCUGCAAAAAAUAAAAGCUGCAGCUACAGCAGCUACAACAAACAAUGGGAAGCAAAAAAGAGGUGGGUUUAGCCCGCGUUAUUCCGUCUUGUAUUCUCAAUUGGCCAUGGAGGGGAGAAUGACCUAACUCAGCAUGCAUCCACAGAAAUGCACAAGAAGGCCACGCUAGCUAAAGGUGCUAGCAAUAUCGGUGCAGCUUGUUGAUGAGAGAGGUUGAAGGAGAAUUGCAAGAAUCUUGCAAACUAACCGGCGGGCCACAAACAGACAAAUAACAGUGCAGUACAACAGUGGUGUGCAGAACGGCAUCUCGGAACGCACAACUCUUCGAUCCUUGUCACGGAUGGGCUAUUGCAGCAGACGACCACACCGGGGCUCCACUCCUAUCAGCUAAAAACAAAAAGAAGCGAGUUCAGUGGGCACGCCAUCACAAACACUGGACAAUUGAGGAGUGGGAAAAACAUUGCAUGGUCCUAUGAGUCGUGGUUUCUGUUGCGUCAUGCUGAUGGCAGAGUCAGGAUUUGGUGUAAGUAGCAUGAUUCCAUGGACCCAUCCUGCCUGGUGUCAACGGCACAGGCUAGUGGUGGUGGUGUACCGCUGCCCAAUCUGCAGCAACUGCAUGAUGCCAUCGUGUCAGCACGGACCAACAUCCCUGUGGAAUGUUUCCGACUUGUAGAAUCCAUGCCCAGAAGAAUUCUGGCUGAUCUGGAGGCAACGGGGGUCCAACCCAGUACUAGAUGGGUGUACCUAAUAAAUUGGCAGUUACUCGGAGUGGCGUUCCUUGGCAUAGGGCUUUGGGCAUGGAGCGAGAAGGGUGUGCUCUCCAACAUCUCAUCCAUCACCGACCUGGGGGGCUUUGACCCCGUCUGGCUCUUCCUGGUGGUGGGAGGAGUUAUGUUUAUCCUUGGCUUCGCUGGUUGUAUCGGAGCACUGAGGGAGAACUCUUUCCUUCUCAAGUUUUUCUCCGUGUUCCUGGGGAUCAUCUUCUUCCUGGAGCUGACAGCUGGAGUCUUGGCCUUUGUCUUCAAGGACUGGAUCAAGGACCAGCUCAACUUCUUCAUCAACAACAACAUCCGGGCGUACCGGGAUGACAUUGACCUGCAGAAUCUCAUAGAUUUCACCCAAGAAUACUGGGAGUGUUGUGGAGCCUUUGGGGCAGAUGACUGGAACUUGAACAUCUACUUCAACUGCACAGAUUCCAACCCAAGUCGCGAGAAGUGCGGAGUGCCCUUUUCAUGCUGCACCAAAGACCCAGCAGAGGAUGUCAUUAACACCCAGUGUGGCUACGACAUUCGAGCUAAAGCGGUCUCGGAGCAGAGGACCUUUAUCUACAUCAAAGGCUGUGUGCCUCAGUUUGAGAAGUGGCUUCAAGACAACCUGACAGUGGUGGCGGGGAUCUUCAUAGGAAUCGCUUUACUACAGAUUUUUGGGAUCUGUUUAGCACAGAAUCUAGUGAGCGACAUUGAAGUAGUGAGAGAGAGCUGUUUGUUUACCUGAAACAUCUCAAGCAAACUAAAGGUUGGAACGAAGAUCUCUUCAGUUUUGCCACCUUCUAAAGGGAGAAGAUCAGGACACUUGGGAAAUGUACAAAACGAAGAGUCUCGCUGCUUCCUUUAUGCUCUGUGUAUAAUACUUUUGUAAGAGUUUAUUUUUUAUAUACAUAUGGCUGUGUCAAACACUGCCUGGAAGGGUCGUGUACAAAGCCACAUGUAUGUAUAUAGGAGCCAAACAUAUGUGUCGAUAUGGCUCUGGUCAUGUACAGUAUAGAGCUGAGGUGGUUCUGGAAAUGCACUGCAUGCCUAUUCAUAGGGCAUUGGUUCUCCUACCUGUAUUCUUUAAUGUUAUGAUGUCUGAUGUAUUGUACAUUAUAUCUAGGUUACCAGUAAGGAGUGAAUUGGCUGGGUAGCACUUCGUACACUGUUAUAAAGCCUGCGGAGCUGUAGCAGUAACAUGUAUUGUAAUGUCAUGCCAUACUGUGUGAAGUGUCAGUUUCUAAAGAGAAUGUGUGUUGCUAAUACCAGCCUAUUGACUAGCAAUAACCAUGAACUAACUCUAUUUCAGACAAGUGUUGCAUUUCAUUGUCAUGUUCAAUUUACCAUUCCAUAUACUCCAUUCCAGCCAUUAUUAUGAGCUGUUCUCCCCUCAGCAGCCUCCACAAUGCAGUCUAAGUAAAUCUGUCCCUAUUUGGGGUAUAGAGUAAUAAUAUCACAUAUUUUGCAAAUGCUGACUGAUUUUUUGGGGGACUGCAUGUAGGUCUGUACUUUUCACUGCGCCAUCUCACAACUCAAAAACAAACUUUUCCCCUGUGCCAUAGGUGUGAUCAUGAUGUUCUGUACUUUCAUUUCAUAUGUGUUUGAAAUUAUGUAAAUAACUGGAUAGUAAGAAGUUUUAAAUAUGUCAAAAUAAAUGUAUGCUGCUUUGUA